AUGACAGACUUGGACGUUCCUGGCACGACAAGAAUUCUCGACGAGUCGGGCGAGAUUGUCGGCGCAAACAACUUUACACUCGUACCAGAGCCUAGUGCCGACCCCGAGGAUCCACUCAAUUGGUCUCCGGGCCGGAAACGCAUCCAACUCGCGUGUAUCGUUUUCUACACUGUCGCGUUUUGUUUCUGCACGGGAUGUCUCGCUGCCAUCUACGAGCCCGUGAGUGAGGCGACGGGGCUCAGCCUUGCCGACCUCAACUCGGGUGUCGGGUACGUGUAUCUCUGCCUGGGUAUUUUCCAACUGGUGACCCAACCGCUGGCCCUCAGUAUUGGGAAGCGGCCAGUGUACAUUCUCUCGAUGAUUGGAUGUGCCGGCUACCCGUUCUGGAUCACUCGCAUCAAGACCCUGGGCGAGUGGUACGGUGCUUGCGUGUACCUCGGUUUCGUCGGGAGCCCGCUCUUCGUUCUCCCAGAACUCUCGCUCACCGACACGUUCUUCUACCACGAGCGCGGCCUUCCGCUCGGCAUCUACGUCGCGGCCACGUACGGUGGUGCGCUCGGCUCGCCCAUCCUCUCGGGUUUCAUCUACAGUGGACUCGGAUGGAAAGCACCCCCAUACUUUGCCAGUGGUGGAAUUCUUCUCGUCGCAGUCACCCUCCUCAUCUUUCUGGAGGAGACCAACUUCCGCCGCGUCGCCGCUCCGGUCGUCAUCACGGAGGAACAGGUUGCCAACCAGGUCGGCACGGACAAGAAUGUCACGCGCCACAGCAUCGCUCCAGUGGAUGAAAAGGCUGCCGAUGUCGCCAUCGACCAUAUCGACUCGGAACAUAUCGUCAAGGCUUACGACCGCCUCGUUACUCCUUGGCCAGGACCGCGUCCUUGGAAGCUCCUCACCAUUUCGCCCAAUGCAGGCGGCCUCAUGUGGCGCGGUAUCCUGUACCCUCUCGCCAUGCUCCGGCUGCCAAUUAUCUGGUGGUGCGGUGUCAUCUUUGCCCUCUACCAGGUAUUCUACAACGGCAUGGUUGCGCUCUCGUCUGGUGUCCUCAGUGUUGAGCCGUACAAUAUGGCGCCGAACAUGGUGGGCUUGACUUUUGUCUCGCCCCUCAUCGCCAUCAUCCCCGGUGCCGUUGCGGGUGGAUAUAUUGUGGACAAGUUUACAAUUUGGCAGGCGCGCAAAAACCACGGCAUCUCUGAAGCCGAACAUAAACUCAAGCUCAUGAUAUUCCCAACCAUCCUCGCGCCCUUUGGCCUGCUCAUGAUUGGACUGGGACCGUAUUACGGUGCGCACUGGAUCGUCUUCGUGCUCGGCGAGUUUGUCCUCACCAUCUCGGGUCCACUUGCAACGCUGCUCAGUCUCACGUACGCGUUCGACAGUUUCCAUUCUCUCGAGCCCGACGAGGAGAACCGUAACGGACCCCAGGCCGAGACGCAGCACUGUGGACCAUACGUCCAGGCCGUCAUUGUCAUGGCCCUCACCAUCACGUUUGCGUUCAACUACGUCAUCACGCCGUGGGCGUUCGGCGGCGGAUUCCUCGUGUACGGCACGACAGCUGCCGCGAUGGCCACAGUCAUCAACAUCACGUACGUCAUCAUGCUCAAGUGGGGCAAGAAGUUCCGUAAGAGCGGCGCACCGUACUACCGCAAGAUUAUCAACUGGUGA